CCUUGCGUGGUUUAGACACGCCCAGAUAACAAGUUGAGUCUUCGAAGCGUCGAGGAAGUAACUGUAGCCUAUGAGUUUAAUUUCUAUCUACAGUACAAACAAACAAAAAAAUCGAUAAGCACGACAAUGGACAGUCUUCGUCGUGUUCUAAGUGGUCGUGAGGAAAACGAAGAGUUGGGUUUGACAGCACAGGUCCUGGACGCGUCAACGCUGAGCUACAGUACCCGGGUGAAGUGGUUUCUCAUCUGUUUCGCUUCGGGGGUCCUGUGCUCCAUACUUGGGUCAGCACUGCUCUUCUUGCCAAAUGGCAUCAAGCUGUUUGCUGUGUUCUACACUCUGGGGAACCUCGCUGCCCUUUCCAGCACCUGUUUCCUGAUGGGGCCUGUGAAACAGCUGAAGCGCAUGUUUGAGCCCACCAGACUCAUAGCCACCUGUGUCAUGCUGCUCUGUCUGAUUUUGACACUGUGUGCUGUUUUUUGGUGGCAUAAAAAGGGACUGGCUAUAAUCUUCUGCAUUUUACAGUUCUUGGCCAUGACAUGGUACAGCAUCUCCUACAUUCCAUUUGCAAGAGAUGCAGUCAUGAAAUGCUUCACCACCUGUUUGAGUUAAAGAGGCUUGACUAAAGACUGGUCCCAAUAUGCAAACACAAAGUAAAUAUGUAAAAUAUUGUUUUUUAAUAUAAGGAAUUUAUCUUUUUUUUUUCUGCCGUUUUCAAUAUACUUAAAUCAUCUUUUUUUUAUCAAGUGUGGCUUUUGAUAGCUACAUACAUGCAGCACUACACCAUUGUGUAAUACGCAAACAAAUGUAAUACUUUUAUUUCUGAGAUCCUGAUUUCAUUCUUUGUUCUGUGAUACAUGUUAUUUUGGGCGAGAAUGUGUUUAAAAACAUGAUUUUUUUUUUCAGCUUAACUGUCAGAAUUUAUUUUAUAUUCUGUGUAUGUUGAGCAGAUGAAGUGUGCUCAGAUAGCCUUAUUUUAUCUGAUCAGGUGUAUUAUUUUGAAGAGCACUGAUGUGCCUCAUGGUUUUGUCCCAUGCUCAGGUUCUCUUUGUUUUCUACUACUAUGACUCAUGUCCAUGUUGAUCUUUGUACAGAGGAAUUAAUUUCUACACGUGUGUGAGUGUGUAUGUGUGUGUACGUGUGUGCAAUGCAUAUAUAAAUAAACCAGCUCUUCCAUUUAAUGCAACUCUCCGAGCAUUAAAAACCAUCACUGAACUCCA